AUGGUAGACCCGGAAGAAGAAAACGUGAGGUUGGCCGUUCAAGAGCUCAAGUAUCUGGAGGAAGAAUUUGGAGACAAGGAGUGGCCAUUCAGCGGUAAGGGAGGUCUCGAUGAAAUUCCAGUUCCCGCGGGCAACGCGUGCGUCAAGAUCAGUAACGCUUUGGCAGCAGUGAACAAGAACGUUAGCGAGAAUAUGCGAGACUUGGCACGGAAUUCACCGAUACACCAAGAACUAGCUGCAGCUAUUGAGAAUAUGACCCCAGAUAACGACAAGUUCGCACUGCUGCUGACUCACAAGUACACGAAGACGAACAUUGCCCCUUCUGGCUCAAGAGCCCUGGAGGGCGUUGAUCACGAUAGAUUCUUGGCGCUGGUGGAGGCGAAUAAUUUCGUCUCGGUGGAGAAGAAGUUGCAAUUCCGCAUCGCGCAGUUGGAUCACGAAGUCAAUUUCUUUUUCGCCCAUGGGAAUAUUCUUGGUCGUUACGAUGUAGAAUAUCACGAGGAGAAGGUUGAGAAAAGAAAAAUCGUCUGGAACGGUGUGAAUAUGUUUCCCCGUCACAUUUCCGUCUGCACCUGCCAAGUGCUGUGUCAACUGUUGCUGCAAGCGGACGAUGCGACGCUGGUGGUUGUCUUUUUCAGCCAGUUUUUCAGUCGUUUAGAGGAAAAACACGAAGUCGUCGUGGAUAUCGCCGAACUUCUGAACAAGUUCGACUGGUGCGUGGUUGGUGAGGUGCUCAUGAAAGCUUUGCGUAGUGCUACUGACCCGACGAGCCAGCAUCUAACCUACAUCACGCAGGCAGCGCUAGCGAUGAACUCUGGCGCCAAGUUCUUUGCCAUGGGGUACGCACAUUGUCUCGACGAUGACAAUCUCCCGCUAGAGAGGAAAGCGCUGCUCGUGGCAAUUAUGUUUAGUCGCAUAGAGUGGCUGAAGAAGCAGGUUCAGGUGCUUGAGAAACCCUUUUCGUGGGAGAUGCCGAGUCGUCAUUCUCCAAUUAUCGGCAAAUGGCUCAAGUGUAGUUCCAGAUACCAAUUCAUGUCGGAUUCAGGUUCGGGCGACGCUCAAGAGAGGCUGGUCAACCAAGACCCGGAUCUCAACGAAGAUUUCGGCGGCAAUGAGUGGCCAUUCAGCGACAAGGGAGGACUCCAUGAAAUCCCAGUUCCCACUGGAGCUGCGUGCGUCCAGAUCAGCAACGCCUUGGGACUGAACAAGAACUCCAACGAUUUCUCCUUUGGAGGACAAGCUGAUCAACUACCUGCUGUUCCAGGCAUAUUUGUCGAUGGCGUGGGGCCCAUACCUGUCCCUUUAUGGGAAGAAAGAGCUCAGAGGCUCAUUGAGAAGUGCACGAAAUCUCCGUUUGGCCACAACAUGGACACCGAGAUGGACGAGAACGUCCGGAAGAGCUGGGAGCUACAGCCUGACCAGGUGCACUUUAAGAAUCCAAUGUGGCGAGUGGGCGUUGAGAAGAUGGCGGUGACUAUUGGUGAGCGACUGUGGUACAAGGGUAUCCCGCUGCAGUGUGUGCUGUACAAGAUACUGGUGUAUGGAGAAGGGGGCCACUUUUUGAAGCACCAAGACACGGAGAAGGAGGAUGGAAUGAUCGCAACGUUGGUCGUGCAGCCUCCGAGUUUGCACGAAGGAGGAGACUUGGUCGUGUAUCGGAACGGAGAGGUGAAACACCGUCAUGAUUUUGGGAAAGCUGAUGGAACUGCAACAGAGGUGACGAAGGGGUACCGCCUCGCACUGGUGUAUUCGAUCUGUUUGCCGGCAAACAUGCGCGACUUUGUACGGACUCCAUCGAUGAGAGGAGAAUUGACAGGAGCUAUUGAAAAUAUGACGCCAGGAGACGACAACUUUGCGCUGCUGUUGGCUCACGAGUACACCGAUAGAAGCAUUGGCCUUUUCGGUUCGACAGCACUGAAGGGCGUUGAUCGCGAAAGGUUCCUGGCUUUGGAGGAGGCGAAUAAUUCUGUUUCCGCGGAGAAGAAUCUCCAGUUCCACAUCGCACAUCUCAAUUUCCUCAAUCCGGCCAUGGAGACGUAUUCUCAGCUGUGGGAGUCGUAUGGGAGCAGUGAGAGUAGUGGGUAUCUUGGCAAUGAAGGACCCCAGAAAGACAGCAUAUACUCCCGAUUUGCGAUCGUUGCGUGGCCCGCCGUGGAUAACGUGGAACUUACGAUGAAGUUUGCCAAUCUGAGCACUGCUUUUGUGAUACUACAAAACCGGGGCCCAAUUGAUAGUGCAACACUCCUGAAGUAUAUGGAUGUUGCGUUCACGAAAUUGGCGGCGAUUGAUGCAUUCCUGCUUGAAAGAAGUCAAGCGGGCAACUCGAUCAUGGCGAAUAUGUUCUUAAGCAACUUCUUUGCUCGACUCGAGGAUAAAUGCACCGUUGCCUUAGAUAUCGCCAAGCUUGUGAGCGAGUUCUCGUGGGUUGUGGUUGUUAAGGCGUUUUCGGAAGCUGUAGCCACAAUCGACGGCAUGCAAGCUGACGACUACUCCUUGAAAACGACGGUGUCGUGGCUGAAGAAUAAGGCUCGCGGGUUGGAGCAGCCGUUUUCGUGGGCGAUGCCCGUAGCAGAGUUUCCUGAUUGCGCUCCAAUCGAGAAGUUUCUACGCGGACCGGAAGCGACGAUGACUACCACGGGGAUUGUCAGCUUUGAGGACUCGUGGGCGGCCCAAAUUUACGCUUUGCGAUACACCUGCGGUUGGGAUCGUGUGGGCCAGAUCGAUGCUUCGUUCGGCAUGAAACCUGGGGGUGAUAAGAGCGACGCGUUUGUGACGAUAACGAAGACACGGAAAUGGUAUGACAAGGACCGGGAAAGUUUGCCCCAAUUGAAGAAGGAGCUACAGGAGUUGACGAAGACGAUGGUGGGAACGCUAACUAAGAUUAUAUUGAAGGCUCGUCAGAAAUCUGGGGAGAAGUAG